CCGGUCCAGCCCGUCCGCCCCGUCUCUCCGGUCCGCGACUUUCAGCUCCCACCUCCACCCGAGCCCCGCGAGCCCCGCGGGGGCGGAGGGCGGGGCUCCAAGGGGCGGGGUUGUCUCUUAAAGAGCCCGAGGCCGCUGCCCUUAGGCCACUUCCUGGGGGAGGAGAGGACCUUAGUGGUUGCGGCUAUACCCCGGGAAGGCAGCGGCGCCCGAGUCCCGAGACUCUCGGCUGCUUCCAUCAGAGCCCUCGGACACUCCCAGCUCAGACCGAGAGUGCAUCGUUGCCCCCCAGUCGAUACAGGGAGGCUCGUCAUCGUCUCUCAUCAGCUCCGCCUCCAUCUACUGGGGUUGAAGCCUGGCUGGGCCUCAGACUGGUCUCCGGAGCCCUGCGUGGACUCGCCUUCUGCCACAGCGAUCUGCCCAGAAACUCGGAAGCUGAGCCCGUCACAGCUGACCCUGUGCUCGUCACCGUCACCUGCUGGUUGGAAACCCACUGUCGGAAGACCACAGAAAGGAACUGCUGACCACCCAAGAUCAGAUACGUCUGCACCAAAUGCUCUCUUCCCCUCUCUGGCUGCCUUCUGUUAUUUUCAUCUGUUCUCUCAACUUUUCUGUGUCCUGAAAUUCCAUAACCACCACCAAGGUAGCUAGAGUGAGCUACAAACCUUGCUGGCUUGUACUCCAACCUGUGCCUCCAACCCAGCGAGUCUGAACGCCACCAGCCAAGUCUGCACAUACCCAGGAAGUUUUGCCUUUCCUUCUCCUUCCCUGUCUCCUGUACUCCCCAAAAUUUCCCCUCCUCCUGUGCCCUCUUCGCCCCCUUCUUUUGGGGGCCCCGUGACCCUGAAUGUGGGGGGCACACUAUAUUCCACCACUUUGGAGACCCUGACCCGCUUCCCAGACUCCAUGCUGGGGGCCAUGUUCAGGGAUGGCACCCCCAUGCCUGCAAACCUCAACCACCAAGGAGGCGGCCACUACUUCAUAGACCGGGAUGGCAAGGCCUUCCGGCAUAUCCUCAAUUUCCUGCGUCUGGGCCGACUGGAUUUGCCUCGCGGGUAUGGAGAGACAGCCCUUCUCAGGGCAGAGGCUGACUUCUACCAGAUCCGGCCCCUUCUGGACGCCCUACGGGAACUGGAAGCCUCUCGUGGGACCCCUGCACCCACAGCUGCCCUGCUCCACGCAGAUGUAGACGUCAGCCCCCGCCUGGUGCACUUCUCUGCUCGCCGGGGCCCACACCACUAUGAGCUGAGCUCGGUCCAGGUGGACACCUUCCGAGCCAACCUCUUCUGCACCGACCCUGAGUGUCUGGGUGCCAUGCGGGCUCGAUUUGGUGUGGCCAUUGGGGACAGAGUAGAGGGUGGGCCACAUUUUCGUCUGGAGUGGGCGCCCCGCCCCGCGGAACUCCCUGAGGUGGAAUAUGGCAGACUGGGGUUGCAGCCGCUGUGGACUGGGGGGCCAGGAGAACGUCGGGAGGUGGUGGGCACGCCGAGCUUCCUGGAGGAGGUGCUAAGGGUGGCUCUGGAACACGGUUUCCGCCUGGACUCCGUCUUCCCUGACCCUGAAGACCUGCUCAACUCCAGAUCUCUGCGCUUCGUCCGGCAUUAAGGAUGCUGUCCUGUUUGAUGGUGGGGAGGAAAGGGAAAGGGGCAAGCAGCUAAGGGUAUAAAAGCUCCCUGAAGCCUCUUUCUAGCUCUGGUAUGGGAGCUAUGAGAGUCAGGUCCCAAUGCACCUGACUGGAGCCCAGAUGUGGGCUGGAAUUCCUAAACUGAGCCCACCAAGUACUCACAGGUGGUCCUGAGGAUGGGGACUGGUCCUUUUCCUGGGAGAGGGAGUAAAGGUUCCCUUCGCUUGUUUUUGCCUGAGGCUGGAGACUUAUAGUGUCUCUUUGAUUAAAGCUCAGUAUUAAGGAGUCUGAAAAAGUGGGGAACACCUCCAUGCCCAGGUUAGACCUAGCAGAACCCCUGAGGAACACUGAGGGACCCACACCACACUGAGGAACCCACACCAUAAUACUUUGGAUUGUCCUAAUGUAGUCCCCUGGACUGUGGCUUCCCCUUCUGGCACUGGGUAGCUUGUCCUGGCCUGACCAAUAAGAGAUCAAAAUGCUCUGGAAUAUGAAAAAGAAAAUUCUUUGCUGUGUUCCAAGCCACCUAUUGGGGGAGGCAGAAAGGUCACAAUCCACCCUAGGUUGACAUAAGGGAGCUAGGACAAUCCCCAUUAGCAAGGGGGCUGGAGUACUCCUUGGAAUUCUAAGUGUUUUAAAGGAUCCCAUAUUGUAGAUAAAGCUGGCCAUGGGGAAGAGGGUGGUAUCUUUUUGUAAUGGCCUUACUUCAUUUGUAUGUAAGUGCAUAUUAGCCAGUGUGUCUGACUAAUGCAUGAGUCCCUGGUACCCCGGGUUCCCGUCAGUGUUGCUGACUGUGGUGUCUAUGUGAUGGCCCUUCUGUGGUCUCUGCAUGUCCAGGCCUGUUUGGAGUUGCCCAGCAACUGUUCUGGCAUAGGUUUAUCCUUAGUAUGUAUGUGAGUAAAUUGAGAUUUAGUUAAUCACAGGGUGUGUGUGUGUGUGUGUGUGUGUGUGCAGGCAUUUAUGUUUAUGUACCCAUAUCACCACAUAAGCAGGAGAAGCCUGUUUGGGUUUGAGUCACAAGGAUCUUACUGGGAGAAGUAAAAGAAGUCACUGGACUUAGCUAAGCCUCUGGAACCUGUAGGGAACUCUUAGUUGCCGAGGUAACCAACCGUGGGCCUGUUGCUAGGAUAUAGCCAAGAAAGGCCCAAGGCUGCCCUGGGCAGAGAGAAGAGAUGAAGUGUUUGAAAGAGUGGGGGAGGAUAUGAUAUGGGAUGGGAUUUCUGGGUCCCUGAGUGGAUGGGAGACACAUGUACAACUUCUUCACUGGGGGAGUCACUCAUAAUUUAUCACUGAUGAUUUACAAGAAGAAAAAUAAAAUAACUUUUGGAACCACAGACUUGUAAAGGCCACUGCCCCC